ACGGGUUGUCUCUGUGAUUUGUCGCCGAGCCGCGGCCGCGAACAAUUUCGGAUUCCCGCCCUUGCCUUCCCCUCCCCUCUCGCAUGCCUCCUCCCUCCCUCCCGCUGCCGGCGCACCUCCUGCGCCACCUUCACGGCCGCGCGCUCACCACCCUGCUCCUCGACCCCCUCAUCCGGUCCACCUCCUCCUCCGCCACCCCCUCCCUCUCCUUCUCCCUCUUCCUCCUCCUCCUCCGCGCCGCGCUCCGCCCGUCCCACCUCACCUUUCCCUUCCUCGCCCGCGCCGCCGCGCGCCUGUCCGCCCCCUCCCUCGCGGCCGCCCUCCACGCUCACCCGCUCCGCCUCGGGAUCCUCCCCGCCGACCUCCAUGUCGCCAACUCCCUCGUUCACAUGUACGCCGCCUGCGCCCUCCCCAACCACGCCCGCCGCGUGUUCGACGAAAUAUCGCGCCCCAACCUCGUCUCCUGGAACGCGCUCCUCGACGGGUACGCCAAGUGCCGCGACCUCCCCGCCGCGCAGCAGGUGUUCGCGCGGAUGCCGCGGCGGGACGUCAUCUCCUGGAGCGCCAUGAUCGACGGGUGCGUCAAGUGCGGGGAGCACCGCGCGGCGCUUGCCGUGUUCGAGAUGAUGGAGAAUGCCGCGACGGCGGAGGACGGCGGCGGGGUGAGGGCGAACGACGUCACGAUGGUCAGUGUGCUCGGCGCGUGCGCGCACCUGGGGGACCUCGAGCGGGGGAGGUGGGUGCACCGGUGCCUGAGGGAGCGCGGCUUCCCACUCAACCUCAAGCUCGCGACCUCGCUCGUCGACAUGUACGCCAAGUGCGGGGCGAUUGGCGAGGCGCUCGGGGUGUUCUGGGCUGUGCCAGCAGAGAGCACCGAUGUUCUGAUAUGGAACGCUGUGAUCGGCGGGCUGGCAGUGCAUGGCAUGGGCUGGGAGUCCGUGGAGAUGUUCGGGGAGAUGCAGCGUGCUGGAGUUGCACCGGACGAGAUCACUUACCUUUGUUUGUUGAGCGCUUGUGUGCACGGUGGUCUGGUGGAUGAGGCUUGGAGGUUCUUUCGCUCGCUUGAAGCGCAAGGGCUCAGACCGCAUGUCGAGCAUUACGCCUGCCUGAUAGAUGUGCUUGGUCGAGCAGGCCGCUUGGAGGAAGCAUACGGUGUUAUUAGAGGUAUGCCAAUGAAACCCAGUGUUUCUGUGCUUGGUGCUCUCCUGAACGCCUGCCAUUUGCACGGAUGGGUGGAGCUGGGGAAGGUAGUCGGCAGGCAGCUUGUCCAAUUGCAGCCAGACCAUGAUGGCAGGUACAUUGGCUUGUCCAAUAUCUACGCUGUUGCUAGGCGGUGGCAAGAGGCAAAGAAAGUGAGAAAGGUGAUGGAGGAGAGGGGUGUAAAGAAGGUACCUGGAUUUAGUGAGAUUGAUGUUGGUGGAGGGCUAUGCAGGUUCAUUGCCCAGGAUAAGACUCAUCCGGGAUCGACAGAGAUUUAUGCCUUGCUGAAUCUAAUAGCAAUGGAGAUGAAAAUGAAGGAUGAUGCUACUAUUCCAGAUUACCUCUGUGCACACUGCUAGGAAGAUGGUUGCACCUGUGGAUCUGUCAAAAAACAAUUUCCAUGAAGCAGUUUGAUCAUACUUCCGGAGUGAAUCUGGACAUAGUAUUUGUCGCUCUCAGCUCUGACUUCUGACCACUGAAGCACUAUUCAAAGUAUCAUUUAGGCUAAGUGGAAUUCAAGCUGCCAGGUACAACCUAGUUGUGAGCAGAUCCAUCAAGAGACAGCUAUUUGCAGAUAAGAAGCAACACAUUUGUUACAAAUUCUCCACUGAAAGAAGAGCUGUAGAAAGAUGGAGUGCAGAAGUGGUCUUGAGAUUGGCUGAGCUGCUUUGAGAAUUCAGUAAAACAGAAGAGAGAAAUUGAUGACAGACCGUGAUUACUGCAUGCGCAUCACUCAAAUAGCAGGCAGACAGUAUGAAAUGUCCGGAUAAGCUUUCUACAGAAUUGCUUCACCUGGAGCUUCUACUUAUAUGGAAGAUUUAACAAUAAGGUGAAAACCAUAUCACAGUGUUUCAUCAGUCACAUGCAUGUGUCGAAACUGUGUAUGGAGCAAUUUUGCCAUGUGCCAGGAGCCCAGGAGCAUGUUCAAGCAAUUUAUAUGGAAGUGCAUAUGCAAAUUCUGCUCUACAUAGCUUCGGGGAUGCUCCAGUGUUCCAAGCUCACUGCUCUCAACGAUCUUCUGCACCAUCUCCAGUACCUCACUCAUCUUCGGUCGGUACCUGGCAUGGCGAACCAGGCACUUGUUUGCCACUGAUGCAAGCUUGGCUGCUGACUUUAUGCAGUAAUUCCCUUCAAGCCUCGGAUCGAUUACAGUCUCAAGCUUCUUAACAUCGGAAGAGUAGGGCUUCACCCAGUCCACAAGAUUAUGCUCGCCUCGUGGCCUGUUCCGGUCCAGAGGUCGCCGGCCUGUAAGGAGCUCAUAAAGCACCACGCCAUAGCUCCAUAUGUCAUUCUUGGUGCUGAGGCGUCCUGUGUGGAUAUAUUCAGGAGCUGCAUAUCCUAUAGUCCCCACCACCUGUUUUGGUUGUCAUACAAAACAAGAAUAAUGUUGAUGAUUAGAAGCUUUCAAAGAUGUCAGUAUCUAUGAGUAUAGAUACCCUAGGGGUUGCAGAAUUUUGGAAUCACAUGUUGUAACAUAUUGGAACUGGAAGCACCCAGAAAAGCCAGCUGAUUUUAACUGACCAGAAAGGUUAGGUGACUUUCC